UACUGGAAUGACAGCUGUGAGCCACUGUACCCAGCAAAAAACUAUUUUAAAUGGCUGCAUAAUAUUCCACUGAAAGCCUGUGCCCUGACUGAGCUGACCAUUCCAUAGGAUCUGAUAUUUGAGUAGCUCCCAUUUUUGUCACUUUUAUAAACAGCAUUGCUGUCACCAUUGCCACCCACACACCCCGUUCAUUCCCUGGUGUGGGGUGGGAAGGGAGAAGAGAGGUUGUCAAUUUCAUAAAAAAUCUUUCUGAAUAAAGAGUCUGAGCAUUUUUUUUUUCACUUUCUAAACAUGUUGCCAGAUUGCCCCUCAGAAGGCCUGUACCAAAUUUACACUGUUGGCAGCAUUUUUUGAUGAGAACUACUCUUCACGCUAAUUUACAGUUUUUCUCUCGGAUCUGGAAUUCUCGCCCUGGCUGGUUCUCCUGGGAGGCAUGAGGCAUGUAUAAAGAUAUCUGAGCGAUGGCUGUCACCAGAGGGGCGUAUCUGGUUCUUCUGCCAGGUGCUCAGGCUGGGAGUGUUUCUGUCUGCUGAGCCAGGCCAGGUGGGGCUGAGAGCACUGUCUCAGUGCUCCCAAUCCCUGCCUGCUCUUAAGCCACCAGAGAUCUUCCGAGGUGGGUCCUGGAAUGCCUCGGUACCCUGCGGUUCAACACUCUGGCCCAUCCUAGACAGAUGAGUCUCAUCAGGUGCCACCACCGUGAUUCCUGCUCUCACACCCUGGCACUUCAUUGGGGCUCCUUUGCAAUAAGUCAAUCAGCUACUGCUGGAGAAAAAAAAAAAAUUUCUCCUGGGUAGGGAGAUGGGGACAGGGGCCAUAAGUGAAGCCACAUGCUCCUGGAAAGCCAUAGCCACAGCCCCUGACCACGUGCUGAACUCUUAGCACCACUGCUGCUGCUGCCUUUAGGCUGUAGCAUUGCUUUGCUGAGGUUCUGUGACGCGCAGCCUUUCCCCUAGCUCUGGUCCUCCUCCUCCGGGGGUGGCCCUUGUUUGCAAACAGCAACAGGAAGUUUUGACGCUGCUGAUUAACCAGACUCCCACAGCUCUCUGUGCUGAGUCAUCGCCACUAGUGUCAACCUCUCGCCUGCCCCGCCGACACCACCAGCUUCCAGGUGACCGAGAGGAAGCAGCAAGCAUCCUGUGGUUCCAGUGGCUUCCAUCUGCCACCUUCUAGGGGAGGGACAAACUUCCAUCCACCCCAGACAACCAGAAUGUGCAGGGCCCUGAAUGCCAGGAUGGGAAUUUAAUCUAAUUAAACUUCAGCAAGGGGCUGAGGGACAGCUUCAUGCCAGGCACCGGGAGAAACUCUUUACACACAGGAUUGCCUUUGCUUUCAUUCAAUCCCUGCAACAUGUGUGCAAACCUCCCACCUGGCAUCCUGCAUGUGUCCAGCAACUCCCUGCACCUGGGCACUAAUCACGCAGGUGGGCUUGGCAUCCUCACAGCCUCUGUAGCACAUGCCUUCAGGGGGAAGAGACCCGGGGACUCAGGAGACUCGAGGCAUCUCCAGAGUCACAGCCUGAAGACGGAACCCCAUGCUCUCCUGGACAUAAAAGCCACACAGUCCCUGGUAGACAGGAUCUGCUCCAAGCAUUUUCCAAAGCCGCAGGGGCUGCUUACAAGACUCUGCCCAUCACCCCCAACCUGGCUGAGCUGGGACCACAUCGACGCCUGGCCUGACUCUUCUACCAGGAUGCCCUCCAAGACCAACACUGAUGCCUGAGCCCUCACCAGGGAGACUGGGGGUGCCCCUACGCGGCUGCUGCACCUGAUGUUGGAAACGGAGGCUCCAAAAACAUAAGUGAAGUGAGAAAACCGAGGCCUGAAAAGUGUCAACCCAAAAGACACUCCUUGCCCCAAGCCCAGAAGGCUGAGGAAGUAGGGAAGUGCGGUGGGAUCUGUCUUCCCGUGUGUCUUCAGGAUCCCGGGGCCUGCCCCUCCUGGCUUCCUCUUGAGAAAGGCCUCAGAAGACCCACCUUUGGUCGAAGGACAGAAGCUGGGCCGAGAGGCAAGGGUUUUGGCCUCCACAGGGGAAACUCUGGGCUCAGAACUGCCGAAGUGACUCACGGGCCCUGCUGGGAAGCAGCUGACGUUCCUUGUCUGCGCCUUACAAAACCACAAUGGGCUGCGAGUGACAGCCAGCUGCUCUGAGUGGCGGAGGAAUGUUGUUGCCAGACAGGUUCCUGAGGCAUCUGCUGAGCUGUGCUCCAGAAACCAGCCCUGGGCAGCUGCCACACCAAGCAGCCUCCACCCCUCCCCACAACCAGGACUCAUAGAGGGCACCCCCACCAACCUCAACAGAACCCUCCCGUCAGGGAUCCGUGGAAGUCAGCCACUGCCACAAGGACAGCCACCCAUUCCGGGCAGGAGCUCAUGGGAAACCAUGACCAGGGAACCCAUCCCUCCCCACCCCCAGCAAGACUUGAGGCCAGGGAGGUUAGAGGGGUCUCCCUAUGACCAAAUCUGUGGCCGUCACAACCGACCUUGAACCAUAAUACUAAGAAUGAGAACAAUAAUAAUCACAGCUAACCCCUCGCACUCACUACAUGCCAGGCACCAUGGCAUGGAGCGCUUUUUCUGGAUUAUCACAUGUGUUCAUUUCCUGGGGCUGCCGUAGC